UGAUCGCUGAUGGAAAGGGAGAUUACUCCCAGUCCCAAUUCUUCAUCUGUUUGAAGAUGAAACUUUUUACCUCAGGUUUGGGUAUAGCCCAGCGGUGCUUGAGGAAAAAUGUAUCGUUAAACAGAAACUGUAGGAGGAGCGUCUCGGGGGGAGGUUCCCCACUGGAUGUCAGUAUUGACAGUAAAACAGGAAUAGCAGUUUUAUCAAUGAACAAGCCUCCAGUCAACAUUCUGAAUUUGGAGUAUCUAACAGAACUUAACAUUGCUCUGGAGAAAGUAGAGAAUGACAAACAUUGUAAAGGACUCAUCAUUACAUCAAGUCUUCCCCAAAUAUUCACUACAGGCCUUGACAUCAUGGAGAUGUAUCAGCCAGACAUCAACCGACUCCAGGAGUUCUGGCGUACGCUACAGGACAUGUGGAUCAAACUCUACGGACUGAAUCAACCUACCAUAGCAGCUAUAAAUGGACAUAACCCUGGUGCUGGGUGCCUGGUGUCGUUAUGUUGUGACUACAGAAUAAUGGCUCCUAACUUCAACAUUGGGAUCAGCGCAGUACAUCUGGAAAUAGAUGCAUCAUUUUGGAUUGUUGACACCAUGUUAAACACGGUGGGCUUUAGACAAGCAGAAAUGGCUCUUCAGUUAGGAUCUUUGUUCAAGACAGAUGAAGCUUUAAAGGUUGGCCUCAUUGACAAAAUCGUUCCCCAGGAGGAAGUGGUCACUGCUGCCCAGCAGGAAAUGCAAAAGUGGUUAAAAGUACCUAGUUUUGCCAGGCAGUUGAGUAAAACGGAGAUCAGAAGACCUACGAUUGAAAAAUUGUUGAAAAGGAAGGAGGAGGAUAUCCGCCAUUUUAGGGACUACAUUACAAAGGAAUCCAUCCAGAGGUCACUAGGGAUGUACUUAGACAACCUAAAGAACAAGAAAAAAUAAUUCCUGAUAUUGACAUGUGAUAUCUUCUAGUAUUGACUCAAUAUUGUCAUGUGAUAUCCUCUAGUAUUGUCAUGUGAUAUCAAAGUGUGGAAAUGUCAUAUUUUCUUUCAAAAAGAAAACAGACAAAAUUAUGAUCAUUGCAUACCAGUGUAAGUUUUAUGUUGGAACAUUUUUAUAUGCAUGGAUGGGAAAAAUCUUUAAAAGUAAUUUUUCUCAAUAGGAAGUUCAUAAUUUAUCAAAAGGAUAAUUAAAUAUGUAAGCAACUUCUUGUGAUGUAGAUUCAGUUUUGCAUAUGGCUCCAAUGAUUGAAGUGGGGUAGCAAUCGAAGAGCAAUGUUUUCAUAUUGGAAUUAAAUUGCAAUAUGUAGUUUUAAAUCUUCUUAUUAAAUUAAUCGGCUAUAAAUUACUGUGGAAACAUUUUCAAAUAGUAAUAUCAUAGAUUUACUAUUUUAGGUCACGUGAGUCACUCAAGUGAACUAUUGCUAUUGGCAAGCGUCUGUCAGGCAUUUGCCAAUGCAUUAAUAAUUGAACAUUUUUAACUUCUUGAUAACUAUCAUUCCAAUUCUUUUCAAAUUUGGUAUGAAGCAUCUUUAGGACAAGGGGGACUUAAAUUGUAAAUUUCAGGACUCCUAGUUUUGAUUUUUUUUUAAAUUGUCAUAUAUGUGAUAAGAAUAUCUUAUAACGAUUAUGCCUACUAUGCAUCAUUUAAUUACAGAAUAUUAGUUGUA